AUGGAUUACAGAAAUCAAACUUUGGUGGUUGAAUUUGUUUUCACGGGCUUAACAAAUCAUGUCCACCACCAGGUUGUUCUCUUCCUGAUAUUUCUUUUGGUUUAUCUUGCCACUCUCCUGGGAAAUUUGGGGAUGGUCACCCUCAUUUGGGUGGAUUCCCAACUCCACACCCCCAUGUACAUUUUCCUCAACCACUUGUCCUUUGUGGAUAUCUGUUCCUCCUCUGUCACUGGUCCCAAGAUGAUGACAGAUAUCUUUGUGGAGAAAAAAGUAAUUUCUUUCUUUGGUUGUGCUGUCCAAUUUUUUUUUUUUUUUGGUCAGUUUGUAGUGACUGAGUGUUUUCUCUUGGCUUCCAUGGCGUAUGGUCGGUAUAUGGCCAUCUGUAAGCCGUUGUCGUACACACUCAUUAUCUCAAAGGGUCUUGUGCAGCUGGUGGUAGGAUCUUAUGCUGUGGGUCUUAUAAGUACCAUGAACCAUACAACUUUCGCCUUUUGCCUACCUUACUGUGGUUCAAAUACCAUCAAUCACUUCUUCUGUGACCUACUUCUUGUUCUCUCCCUGGCAUGUGCAGACACCCAGGUCAAUAAAAAUUUACUUUUCAUUUUGGCUGGAGCCCUAGGAGUGCUCAGUGGUGUGAUCAUCUUGGUCUCCUAUGUUUACAUCAUCAUUGCCAUCCUGAAGAUCGGCUCUGCUGAUGGAAGGCACAAAGCCUUCUCCACCUGUUCAUCACAUCUGAAAGUUGUUUCUAUCCUCUAUGGGAUACUUUUCUUUAUCUAUGUAUGUCCCAGUUCUAUUUUCUCCCUGGACAUCAAUAAAGUGGUGUCAUUGUUCUACACAGCAGUGAGCCCCAUGUUGAACCCACUUAUCUACAGCCUGAGAAACAAAGACGUAAAAGAUUCAUUCAGAAGGAUAUUUGAAAGGAAGAAGUUUCUGAUAAAUAGAUAA